CGGUCCUGCGUUACGUACCGCGGUUACAGUGGACCAUCCAUAUGUUUCGUCUGAAUGCCCAUGCACGAGCAUUCAAAGAAAUAACUUGACCGGCUACAAACACACAUUACUUGAGACUGAUGUAGCUUUCAACGGAACCACCGGCUUGAUAAACUGUUUUUUUUCUUUGUUUGUUUCGCUGUUUGACUGAAACAAGACGCGCCAGUUAUAUACAGUAGUGUUGAAGGGGACUGAACAGCAAUCUAAUAUUCUCCAAAUCAGCAGACAUGUCUGGUUUUCUAGAAGACCCGUCGGUUCUUACGAAGGAAAAGCUGAAGACCGAGUUGCUGGCGAACAACGUGCCGCUGCCCAGCGGUGAUCAAAGAAAAGACGUUUAUGUGCAGCUCUACCUGAAAACCUUGACCCUCCAGAAUCAGGAGAAGCCCCAGGUGACCGACACCUUCUCCAGCGACGAGGACCUGCCUCCGCCAGUGGUCACGAAUGCAAGUCGUUCAGGAAGGAAAGCCACAAGGAAGACUGACAAGCCUCAAGCAGAGGAUGUGAGUAUCACUGACCUGCCAGACCAGAGUCUGAAGGAGCAGCUGGACAAAUAUGGAGUCAACGCUGGACCUGUUGUGGCCUCCACCCGCAAGCUGUACGAGACCAAGCUGCAGAAACUCCUGGAGCAGGGCCCCCCCACGCUCCCCCACCCCACGCCCCCCCACCCCACGCCCCCCCCCGAGGCCCCCACAAAGGUCAACCCACACAACGGCAGCGCUGACUCUGACCAGUACAGCGACCGGGAAGAAGAGGAGGGGGGGGUGCUGGGGACCCCGCCCGAUCCGGGGGCAGAAACAGAGCCACUUCUACUGGCCAACAGAUCUGGGGGCAGCAGAGGGAAGUCUCCUGUCCAAUCAAAGGCCAGCAAGACCCCUGUCCAAUCAAAGACCAGUCUCAGCCAAGACCACAGCCGAGUAGAGGAGAGGGGAACAGCAGGUGAUGAAACCCCCAGGAUGAAUGGAGAGAAUAUUCUGAAGGAAUUACUGUCCAACGAGCCCAGUCCCCUCACUGGCAUAAGUGCCACCUGUCGGAGGCCCAUCCGGGGAGCAGCGGGUCGUCCCGUGAAGGAGAGCGAUUUCUGGCUGAGCGAGUCGUUCCUGCAGCACAGCAAGCUCUCGGAGGUCAGCGGUUACUACAGCGAGAGCCACACUGCGCUGCCCGGGGCCGGCCAUCUCUCCUACUCGCCCCCUGGCGGCCGGAGGCUGGAACUGCGCUUCCUGCCUGUGUGGCUGCAGCUGCUGUUGCUGAGCGCUGUUGCCGGGUUCCUGCUCUUCAUCUACCAGGCCAUGGAGACCAACCAGCUGAACCCGUUCAGCCAGCCCCUGCGCCCCUGACCCCUCCCUGCGCCCCUGACCCCCCCCCCGCCUCCCCCUCACCCCUCCUUCCCUCCCCCUCACCCCUCCAUUACUCCAUCCCUCCAUUUAGAGAUAGACCCUCGCUCUUGGUAGCACCUUACACUUUUUUUUUCUCUGGGCAUUGUCCUAAUAUCCGUUUCCAUGCCAUUUUGGACUGCCCAGCUGGACUCAGACUGAACACGAUAAGCCACCCACCAGCAUCCCUGCAUCUCCAUUUAAACAUGUUUAAGCCGCUUCCUCAUCUGAAAAACAUGGGGUUUCUGCAUCAUUCAUCCUCUCUUUUCUGUUCCUUUACUGGUUUGCUUCCUUCCAUGACCAGCCACGCCUCCCCUGCAGAAAACAAACAUGGCCUGAAUUCAGCAUGGACACUUCCUCUUCCUCAUCCUCUGAAUGAGGGUGUUCCAGCUGGAGUCUGACACAAAGGGAUGCAGGGACGUUAUCCUGAAGGUCAGGCCUGGGUCAGGGGCAGGGGGGGGUGCAGGUCGGAGGAGCAGGGGGGGUGCAGGUCGGAGGGGUGGGGGGUGCAGGUCUGGGUCGAAGGACUGGUCAUUUGAAUCAUUGUAUCUGUGAUCAUCUGCUGGGACUCUGUGGUUUAUCUGUGCUCUUGAGUCAUGUCUGUGAGUGUUCUCUGGCAUUGUAGUGUCUGUGUUUCAUUGGGUUUGUGCUUCUGUGCUGAAACAGCGCUACCUGGGGGAAAGUACUGGAAUUACCAUUCUGCAGGUGAAAAAUCUGACUGGACCUACACACACACACACACAAAUACACACACAUGCACACACUCUCAUACACACAUGCACACAUUCUCUUACACACACACACACACUCUCACACACACACACUCACACAUACACACACGCACACACACACACACACACACAUAUACACACACACACUCACACAUACACACACACACACACACUCACACACACACACACACACACACUCACACACACACACACAGAAAAUGGCAGCUCUCUAGUCAGUCUCAGCAUAAGGAGGUGCUUUCUCCAGCCUCUGUGAACAAUAUCCUCUGAAGUUGAAAUGUGUGUUUCCUUCUAGUGCUUAAACCCCCCGCUUUUAUUUUUAAAGCAAAGACUCAUGUGUAGCCCAGUAUUUCUGCAUUUCUGUGUAGAUUUAAUCUAAUAAUAUUUUGAGAAAUUGUAACGUUGGUCCUUUAUUUUUGAGGUCAUUUUAAUCGAGCAUAUUAACGUGUUAGGUUCAGCCAGGUGUCCUGAUGAAAGUCUGGGUUCUGCUAUAACUACAGGAUCAUGGGUUACAUGUUAUUUUAAAUGCAUGGGUUAAAUGUCCACAUGGUUGCCCAUUUAAGUGCUGCAUUUAUAGUUUUUGUAGCAUUUCUAGUAUUUGGGUAACAGAGAGAGUAUCUGUUUGCAAUAAUAAUGGGGUCAUUUAGCAUUUUAUUAGGACAUUUGUGCCAUUUUUAAAACAGGGCAAAUGUCUUGUCACAUUUAAAUGGCUGUGAAAUCUUUUGUAACUGCAGUGUUUUUUCUAAUGUGUCUGUCUUAAAACAAUAAAGUAUCGAAAGCUUU